GGUUUGGCUGACAUUUUCCAGUGAACAGUGCUGCUGCCCUUCAAUGUCACCCACACUGCUGAAGUGCUCCUAAAUCAAUAUGGUGCCAUUUAUUGAGAGUGAUAUUAUAGAAUAAUGUGGAUAGUAUAUGUGUUUUGAUAUUCCAGUACAUUUAAUUGAAUAAGAAUGACUGCGUGAUGUUCUGGUGAACGGAUGCUUCCAGGCCUGGUGUCUCCUGCCACCUGUGUGUGUAAAUGAGAAUAGCAAUGUUUGUCGUUUGAUGUCUCUUAUAGAUACCACAUGGUUACUGAGCCUUAGACAGCUGCAGGAUACAGCAUUCAGCUGUCUUCUCAUACACUAAAUAUAUGCCAUUCUGUGUGUAAAUGGAGUGUCCCUGCUACAUGCAUAUUUGAGCUGAGUUACAUUUAUUGUUAGUUGCAUUGUUUCUGCUAUAUUGAAAAAGUAUAAUGAAUUUUGGGAAUCUUGGUUAAAGAUGAACAAUCUGAUGAAUGGAAAGAUUAAAGCAUUUGUAUCCUGGUGGGGACUGAAGGGAAAAACCUCACACUAGGGAGUGGAAAUGAUCCUACUGAUAUACAUCUAAAGGCUCUGUCACUGUAACCCAAGACUUGUAACAUGUAAGCCUUUAUGAACUAUUCUGAGAUUAUCUUCCCAGGGAGGAGGGGGAUGCAUUUCCCUGUGCAUAAGGCCCAACCAAAGAAAUUAUUCUCUUUAAUGACUGCUUCCUAAAGGCUUGUGAAACAGUCUGCUUACCCUGUUACCUCCCCCUUCAUUUUUACAAUGCUCUGGCUGUCUUUGAAAAUAGGUAGUGUCUAGUGGUUUGUUAUGGGAGGGCUUUGGGUGUGGCUUUAUGAAUGGUAUUGGGGCAUGGAGUGGGGAUUGGACAGAGGGUGAAUCAGUAGGGCCCUCCUUUUGUGACCUUGGAACUACCAGAGGGCAGGGCCAGAUUCCUGCAGUGACACAUGGCUCAGAGUGACAGUGCCAGCUGUUGCUGUGUUGGUGUGGAGACUGGUGGAUGGAAUUCCUGCAGUCAGGGUGUGGAGAGAGCAGCCAUUCUGGAAAGCUAGUGCUUUGGGGACAUGCUUUUAUCCUGUGCCGUUUGAAGAUUCAUCGCAAGCCCCGUACACUGUUUUCAGGGACUUUUCUGCGCUCUUACCCAACUUUCCCCCAAAACUGCAAGGAGACUAAAUGUUGACUAUAAAUUGCCUCAGACUGAAAGACCUGAUUUCUCGUUAGUCUGUUUGAGCUUAAAACAGACAUUGGGUUUGUGAAGGCUGCUCAGCACCGUAUAUUUCCCUCUGUCACAUUUGAGUGGAUGAAUACGUUUAUGUGGCUCUUCAUAGCAGAGAUGGGCCAGGACCAAACUAAGCAGCAGAUUGAAAAAGGUUUACGCCUGUACCAGUCUAACCAGACAGAGCAGGCCUUGCAUGUGUGGGUGAGGGUGCUGGAGAAGACAUCGGACCCUGGAGGGAAGUUCCGGGUGCUGGGCUGUCUCAUCACUGCCCACUCAGAAAUGGGAAAAUAUAAAGAGAUGCUGAAGUACGCCUUGGCCCAGAUUGAUACAGCCCGGGAAAUGGAGGAUCCAGACUACCUGGCCGAGGGCUACCUGAACCUGGCACGCAGCAAUGAGAAGUUGUGUGACUUCCAGAAGACCAUUUCCUAUUGUAAGACAUGCCUGAACAUGCAAGGCACCACAGUUAGCCUGCAACUGAAUGGGCAGGUGUGCCUAAGCAUGGGGAAUGCCUUCCUUGGUCUCAGCAUCUUCCAGAAGGCACUAGAAAGCUAUGAGAAGGCAUUGCAUUACGCACACAACAACGAUGACAAGAUGCUGGAAUGCCGCGUCUGCUGCAGCCUUGGGAACUUCUAUGUCCAGCUCAAGGACUACGAGAAGGCCCUGUUCUUCCCCUGUAAAGCAGCAGAGUUGGUGAAUGACUAUGGCAAGGGCUGGAGUCUGAAGUAUCGGGCCAUGAGCCAGUACCAUAUGGCCGUUGCAUACAGGAAGCUGGACCGUCUACCGGAUGCCAUGGAAUGUUGUGAGGAGUCCAUGAAGAUUGCCCUGCAGCAUGGAGACCGUCCCCUUCAGGCACUGUGUCUUCUGAAUUUUGCUGACAUCCACCGCUGUAGGAAUGACAUUGAAAAAGCAUUCCCACGCUAUGAGUCCUCAAUGUGCAUCAUGACAGAGAUCGGCAAUCGCCUUGGACAGGCAUCCAUCUACCUGGGUGUGGGGAAAUGCUGGCUCCAGCAGAAGGAACUUGAUAAGGCCCUGGAAUCUCUGCAGAGAGCUCAAGAGCUAGCAGAUGAGGCUGGAAACAAGCUCUUCUCCCUAAAGGUGCACUGUCUGAGCGAGAGAAUCUUUCGAAAUCAGGAGAAACAGGAAGAGCUAAGAGAGCAGGUGGUGAAGUUCCUGCAGUGUGUGGAGGAGCUGGAACUGUACUGUGCAUUGUGUGGAGAGUCCAUUGGGGAGAGGAACCAGCAGUUGCAGGCCCUACCCUGCUCCCACAUCUUCCACCUCAAGUGCCUUCAAUCCUGUGGGACAAAGGGCUGUUCAAAAUGCUGCCGCUCAUCAAUGAAACCAGGCUUUGUGUAAGGGGGAAGCUUCCAGGUCACAUUGUUGCUGUGAAGGAUACACACAUGCUUCCAAAUUGUAGGAUGCCUGGAACAAAAUGUGCAACUGUUGCUAUAAUCCAGGGCAUGCUCGGACAAUAUGAAAACUGUUCUGAGUUUACCCAGCAGCCUCCAGGGUCGACUACAGGCAACAUAUGCCAAAUUCCUGUAUCAAGGGUGUUCAGGGGAACAUCUGCUGCCAAAGUUCUCUCUUUCCUGCAAUAUCUCAUACAAUUUUAGCUGAAACCAGCUAACUCUUCAUAUACAUUUGCAAUGCCUUUACCAUUAUAUUUAUAAUCCUUUGAUCUUUUAAAGAAAUGCAUGCAAUAAUUUUUUUCACAUUUACUGUCCGGUAUGGUAUUAUGUGAUAAAAGCUGAUGUUUUUAAGUUGAAUUCAAAGACCUCAGGCAAGACAUAACAGAAGCACUAACCAAAUGAGGCAGUGUUAUAUAAUGACAGUAUAGAUGAAUUGCAAUGCAAAAACUUGUUAAUAUUCUAAAUGUAUCUCACUAGACAACUUGAAAAACAUUUUUUGUUAGCUAACAUUAGCUAACUCGUAACUACCACAAAUAUCUAACUGUCUGUAGUACAUUAUAUAUAUAUAUAUAUAUCUUUGAAGACCUAAUAUGAUAGGAAGAGAUAAUUUUCUAUCAUAAAUCUCUUCAAAAUCAAUUACCUUUGCACAAGAACAGAAAAUAAAUGACAUCUCAUGCAUCUUGCAUUUAAUGUAGGCUAAUAAUGUCAGUUGAUACUACAGUUUUAGCUACAGUACAUUGUUAUUUUUUCUAUUCAGCAAUACAAUAAGAUAAUGAAUGUCAAUUUUUCAUAGUCCAAAGGCAAUCAAGGUGCCUCCCUGCAUGGUGAUGGAUAAUCAAUCAGGGAGAGCGAUUUUUGUACAUUUCUGUGUCAAGGUGGCUAGGUUGAAAAGUAACUUUUUUAAGUAAUUUAAAACCUAGCUUAGCAAGAGUUUGUUAUUGCAUAUUACCACACUGCAGUGCAAGCUAGACCAUGAGGUAGCCAACGGUAUUACCAUUCAUACUUCAAUUCAUACUAACAUUCUCUUGGAAUAAAUUAGUUAAUAGAAUAGCUAUUAUUCCCACCCAAGAGCUAGUAAAACAAGUAGUUUGCUAAUGGUAGUUUAUCAUUAGUUCUUUGUGGAACCCAUAAAGUGCCAACUAUUCAUACCUUUAUUAAUGACUAACUUUACAGAGACCUUGUUAAGCAUGAUCAAGGACACAAAAUACAUUUAAAUCAAAUUGUUUGUGUUCACAAACAAAAGGAGGCAAUCAUGUGGAUACAAGGACGCAAAAUACAUUUAAAUCAAAUUGUUUGUCUUCACAAACAAAAGGAGGCAAUCAUGUGGAUACAAGGACACAAAAUACAUUUUAAUCAAACAUUUUAUGUCUUCACAAACAAAAGGUGGCAAUCGUGGAUACACAAAUACAUCUUUUUGAAAAAUAUGAAAAAUAGUUUUGGUGUUCAACACUUGAAACACUAUCCUGCUGUGUUUGUGAUUCAGUCUGCUAGGUAACUUGAGAUUUCAUCGUAAUUUUCACAGGGACUAUUCGCUAUAAAUCAUCCAUUUAUGGAAUGUGUUUUAAUUUUUGAUUUUAUGUCAUUCAGCUUAACAUGAGCAUAAAUAUUUGUCAGUAUAGUUCAACUAAAUAAUACAAUGAGAAUGCUAUGUUAAUGUAUAAGUUAAUUGUUUAUAGUUAAUGUGGUAGUUAACCAUUCAUGUUAACUAUUACAUUAAUGUCAAUUCAUGUGCUCUCGUAAAAUGUUAUAGCCAGAAAAUAAAGGUCCAGGCUUGGAGGUUAUUUUGUGUUUCUGAUCUCUUUUUUUCCUUAAUUUUCUUGCUGGUUUCAUAAUCUGAAAUCAGAAAUGCUCAAAUUGUACAUUCUCCCCAGUUUUCAACUGUUAAUCUUUUUUGGCAUAGUAAAUGUAGUAUGUAAAAAUGUUAGAUCAAUGGGAAAUAAAUAAUAAUUAGCAUUUGCGUUAAACUAUCAAUAAUCAUUACACCUUUCUAUACAGUGAGCUUCGUAAUGUUUGGGACAAAGACAUUAGACUCUGCAUUCCACAAUUUUAUAUUAGUAAUCUUUGUAAUCAGACAAUUUACAGGUAGUUAAAGUGUACAUUCUUUUAAGGGUAUUUUUAUACACAUUUGUUUCACUGUGUAGAAAUUACAGCACUUUUGAUGCAUAUCCCCCCAUUUCAGGGUACCAUAAUGUUAUGUAAAUGAAAGUAUUCAUGUUUAGUACCCAGUAAUUUAGUACUGUCUUUGCAUGCAAUGACUCCUUCAAGUCUGUGGCCCAUAGACAUUACGAGUUCCUCAGUUCUUCUCUGGUGAUCCUUUGCUUGGCCUGUACUACAGCCAUCUUCAGCUUCUGUUGGUUGCCUUAAGUUUUCUCUUCAGCAUAUGAAGUGCAUGUUCAAUUGGACUUAAAUCAGGUGAAUGACUUUGGAGGCAUUUUCUUUAACUUGAGUAGAUAAGAUGCUCCUGUAUACCUCAGAAUUCAUUCUGCUGCUGCUAUCAGCAGUUACAUCAUCAAUGAAGACAAGUGAGCCAGUAUCUGUGGCACCAUCCCACCAUGUUUCACAGUUGAGGGGUGGUGCUUUAGACCUUGGACAGUUCCAUUUGACCUUUACCCUUUGCUAUUGCCAUUAUUUAAACACAAGUGAAUCUUCGUCUCAUCUGUCCACAAGGCCUUUCUCCAGAACUCUGCAGGCUCUUUUAGGUCCUAUUUAGCAAAAUGCAACUUAGCCAUCAUGUAUUUGCAGCUAACUAAUGGUUUUCAUCUUACAGUGUAGCCUCUGUAGUUCUGGCCAUGAAGUCUUCUGCUAAUAUGACACAGCCAUGCCUGCUUCCUGAAGAGUGCUUUGUAUCUGUGGGACAGGUUUUCGGUUUUUUUUUCUUCUGGGGUUUAUCGGUCUCCCUUGGCCUACCAGGUCCUUUGUGAUACAGACUCCAGAGGCAAUUAAAAGCCUAGAAUCAAGACAAGAUACUGAAAUCUCUCUUGUACCUGCACUAAGGAAGCAACUGAACGCACCUGACUAAUCAGAAACACCUGUGAAACCAUUUGCCUCAAACAUUUGUGCCCUCAAAUGGGGGGACUGUGUGUGUAAAACGUGCUGUAAUUUCUACAUGGUGAAAUCAAAAGGUUUAAAAAAUAACCUUUAAUAAAACAAAAUUGUUUAAUUAUGAAUCUAAAAUUGUAGAAUAAAGUGCUAAAUCAAGGAAAAUUUUCUUUGUCCCAAACAUUAUGGAGCUCACUGUAUGUACUAGUUAAUACCUCCAUAAUUGAGUCUAAUGUGUCUUACUAUUGGAAAUGUUAUAAGCUUGAACAUGUAUUUCUUUGUCCAGUAUUUGUGUGCAUAAAAUGAUAAAAUUAUUUGGCCUGCUAAAUAAUAAUGACAAUUCAUACAAUUCAUUCACUUUAUUUUGUAUUUAUCAUUUCAUGUGUGAAAAAAAAACAUAAUGUUUUUUUCUUUUUCAUUAAAAUUACCUACUAA